AUGGAUAUUAUUGGCAUGCAGAAGAGAAUUGAUAGACAGAUUCGUGACCCUAUCGCGAAAACUGAAGCAGAACGUUAUUCCCUGCGAACCCGUUUGGCUUUUCUACCUGACGAUGUCAUCGGUCAAUCAUGGUUUUUCCGCUUAUUAACAUUUCUUUACUAUUAUUUUUUUGUGUUUUUUCACGCAUUUGAAGUUGUCGGUAUUGAAAAGAUCGAUCCUGAUAGCGGAUGUCUUUUUAUUGCGAGACAUUCGACACAUAAUGGCGAUAUUUUGGGUACACUCGUUUGCUUCUAUCAUAAGACAGGACGUGUAUUAAGACCAUUAAUUCAUCGAUAUUUGACAAAAUUUUUCCCAUUUCUACGGUUAAUGGGUGCUGUGCCAGGCGAACCGAAAAGUGCGACUUCAUUAUUGAAAAGUGGUUUUUGGGUUGCAGUCAUUCCCGGUGGAGCUGAUGAAGGAAUGAUUGGCCAUGAAAAUGCAUACAAAGUGUGUUGGCCAAAGAAGCGCAAAGGUUUUGUUCACGUUGCUAUUGAAGCUCAAGUACCAAUCGUUCCGCUUUUCUUAGCCAAUGUUGAUGAAAUGCGAUGGAAUCCUCUCCUUUCUCUCUGGAAUUUUCUCGGACUCGGCCGCCAGUUUUCCUAUGUCCUUGAUCUAAACAUUCCAAUACUACACUCAGUAUUGCUUAUCAUAGGAUCGACUGUAUGGUUUCUAGCUACAUUCAUUCAAAUACCAAUCCCAGCGAAAUUAACUUUAUAUAUUGGCGAUCCAGUGCAAUAUGAUCCAUCGAAAGAUUCCAUUGAUGAUAUUGUUAAACGAUCACACGCUGAUCUUCAAGAAUUGAUCAAUCGUUGUCAACCUCAUGGACGGUCCUAUUCCAAUGCGGUGAAAGAAAGAUUCGCAGGUUUACUAAACUGUUGGAAAAGUACACUUCUCGAAGUGAAGAGUCAUUAUUAA